CCCUGCUAGUGGAGAAGUGUAAACUGCAGCCACCUUGCUGAGCCUUCCACACCAGCAUCUGUCACUGUGCUGGGAGCUGCAAACAUGAUCUCAAGGCUCUCCUUCCUUCUUUUCUGUGGAAUUAUUCUAGCUCACCUUGGAGAUGCACAGAAGUUACCAAAAGUAAAGAAGCUAAACAUGAAGGCCUAUAUUAACAUCACUGGGGACACACUGGUAAUGAAAUUUCAUCGACCAAAUGAAAAUAUCAAGCUAGAAGGUUUUAUUCUAGGAUAUGGUAGCAAUUACUUCACAAACCAAUACAUCCAGUGGCCAGAUAAUGGGAAGUCAUACAUCACGGAUGUUGAUGCGGAGACCAGAUACUUAAUAGCAGUGAAACCAAAUGACAACCACAAAAAGUCAUGUAAAGAUAAAAACUCUGUUCAGAAACCUCUACAGCUUGUUGUUGGCACUCUAACUCCAACAUCUGUCUUCCUCUCAUGGGGUAUCCUAAUAAAUCCACAAGUUGACUGGUCUGCUCUCAACAAAUGUCCAAACGACAGAUUUUACACCGUUCGCUACAGAGAAAAGAAUAAAGAUUGGCAUUUCCAGCUCUGCCCGACAACAGAAACAGUAAUAGAUAACCUGAAGCCCAACACUAUGUACGAAUUUGGUGUGAAAGACAAUUCAGAGGAUGAAAUCUGGAGCAAGCCUCAAACUCAUAAGACAAGUCCUAAAGGUAAAGAAAAUGGAAACAUAGAAAACACCUAUAAAAUUCCCAAAGGCACAUUACAGUAUGCUUCAGAAGACACAAAGGCAUUUGUUCCAGUAACCAAGGUGAAGCAAGGAUUUCAAAAUCUCUCUAAAUCCACACCUCCACCAAAUGGAAAAAGCCAAGCCUACAGGGACGAAAUAAAGAAACCAUAUGUGGCAACAACUACAACAAGAAUAGCAACACCUAAACCAAAACUGGUGUCUAAAAUUACAGAGUCACCUCCAGUCUACAAACCUUCAGAAAAACCUCCUGUGGAUGAUCCCAAACCAGUUCCAAAUGAAACUGCAUCAUUUCACCCAAAACCUUUCCCUAGUACUGAAGCACCAAACGGUGAAGCUGACAGCACAGAGCCAGAUUCUGAAAUAAAAACAACUGAAGCACCACAUACGUAUGAACCAGAAACAUAUACUUUAGCUUCCCAUGAUAAAACAGUUGUUCAGAAGUUUUCGUCAACUUCCAAGCCAAAGACCACAACUGUACGUAAGACAACAUCCAGACCUUUAACAACUAAUGCUCCCACAACAUCACAAUGGACAGCGUCAACACAGGUGUUAAAGGACAUAAAUCCCACCAUGUUUAUUGAAGAAACAACCAUCGCCUUGGUUCCAACAGAAACCCCAAAACGUAUUACUAAAAAGACCCAAACAUCAGAAAGUCCAUCCUUACCAGUUGAGCCAUAUAAAACAGAACAAGAUAGUUCCCCUAAAUUCAACAGAACUACAGAAAGUCCAACAACAUCCACUGUGGUAAAACCAGUGCACUCCAAAAGGAUGCCCAUUAACCUCAUUGCUCUCCAAAUAUUUGAGGAUCCAACAGUUCCAAGUGAAACACAAACCUCCCCACCUCCCAUUCCUAAAACAACUCAUUCAAAUAAAAAGUUACACUCAAAGCCUGCUCCAAAAUCAACACAGAGAGUACCUAUAAAUGUUAUUAGUCUUCAGAUCUUUGAAGAACCAGAUGUACCUUUGGUUCCUAACACACAAAGACCUUAUCAGUCCACAGCAACACAAAAGCCUGAAAGUCCUCCUCAUUCAGAGCCUGUUCCAACGCAAAAGGUUUCAACACCAAUAACCAAAAAACCCAAACCAACUCCUCGGACUCGAGCAAAACCUGCUUCUACAGGAGCACCCAUGGAUACUACUAAACCUAAACGUCCACAUGUGAUUGUUGCAACUACGUUGGCUCCAUACCGACUGCAACAUAGCUCUACCAGGCCCAAAACUUCUCUCAGACCACGGACUAGACUUCCUGCGCUUAAUGGAGCAACACAGGGACCAAUAAGAUCAAGACCUACUGGGGAGUUCAACUGGCUGCCUGGCACAAUACCAGGUGGAAAAGUAUAUGACAGUACAAAGCUUCUUGGUGUUAGCAGAAAUAUUUCAUUGGAACCAAACAACACUGGGAAAAGAACAUUUUCGGUAUCAUCACCACCUUUACCUCCUGUAAGACCAACCUCCAUACGUAGAAGAUUUCAUCAUAGCAAUGUCACAGGAAGACCAGGAGUUUCAGUAUCUUCACCACCACUUCUUCCUGUUAGACCAACAGCCAUACGUAGGAAGCCUUCAGCUACCAAUGUUACAGGCAGACCGAGAAAUCAAGGGGGUAUUCUGAUACCACGUGCUCCUUCAACUGCCACACCCGAGUGCGCAUUUGCAUGUAGAAAGUCACCAAUGAAGCAGCCAACUUUACCUUCUCAAGAGGAAGAUCUGGUGUAUUCUACAGUCUUCAGUCCUUCUCCAAAAUCAGAUAUUGAUGCUUUGGGAAAGCCUAGAUACACAGCACCCCAUGUAGUAUACAUGAGCAAGAAUGAAUCCGUACCAUGCUCCAUCACAGAUACUCUCAGGCACUUCCCCACAGAAGAGGAGAGCACCAACCAAGAAAUCAGUAGUGCUCCUCAGAACCCCCCAACUAACCUUACUGUGGUAACUGUAGAGGGGUGCUCAUCCUUUGUUGUUUUGAAUUGGGAGAAGCCUGACAAUGACACUGUUACCGAAUAUAAUGUUAUUUCAAAAGAAAAUGGUGGAGUUCCCGGAAAAGACCAGUCAAUCAUAACCACAAAUCUGACACACUCUACGGUAGAAAACCUUAAACCAGAUACAAGUUAUGAGUUCCAAGUGAUACCAAAAAAUCCUCUUGGUGAAGGACCAAGCAGUCCAACAGUGGAAUUUAAUACAGAAUCAGCUGACCCAAGAGUAAGUGAACCAGUUACAGGAGGAAAGGAUGCUAUAUGGACAGAAAUUAAAUUCAAAUCAGAUUCCUAUUCAGAUUGCAGAGGAAAACAAUUUGUCAAGAGAACCUGGUAUAAGAAGUUUGUUGGCAUUCAGCUCUGUAACUCUCUCAGAUAUAAGAUUUACCUCAGUGAUACCCUCGCAGGCACAUUUUAUAAUAUAGGUGAUCAGUCAGGAUUUGGGGAAGAUCACUGCCAGUUUGUGGACUCAUUCCUUGAAGGGAGGACAGGAGAGCAGCUACGGCCCAAUGAGCUGAAUCCCAAAAAAGGAUUUUACAGAUCCUUUCGCCAGCAGCCAGUUGAAUUUGGGGAUAUCGGAGGCCAGACGCACAUCAGCUAUGUCCACUGGUAUGAAUGUGGAAUAUCUAUACCCGGGAAGUGGUAAGAAGAAUGGUGAUUACACAAUGAAUUCAUGGACUCGCCUGCAUCAUCAGCCACCAUCUGAUCUAUCGACAAUGCGCUAGCUUCAAUCUACUCUACUUGGUUCUACUAAUGUAAGAUAUGUAUUAAUGUUGCAGAGUUAACAGACUGCUUCCAUAUUUAUCAGUCUACAGAUAAGGAUAUUGUCUUCAUAGGAAAAACCUCGGGAAGCUGGCUCCCUGUUUCUAGUAUUUUAAGAAGAGCAGUGUCUAUGUUAUUUAUCACAAUGUUGUAAGAAAUAUUUUGAAGCAGAGUUUUAUCCAACUACAUUCUCUAACGAGCAAGGUUUUAAUGUUUCUGUCCAUGAUAAUCUUCAUCUAGUGUCAUUAACGCCCACAUUAUUUUUUUAUUUAUUUCAUCGAGUGUCUCUUUCUCAUAUAAGACCUUGGUGCCCACAUCUAGACAUCACAUUGUAGCAUGCGUCUCUGGUGGUUCUGUCACAGCGUGGUGACAUUAGAUGGAUAGAUGGAAGAUACAAACAAGGCAGGUACUUACAUAGGUUCAGUUUUUAGUGCAAGAUUACAUUUUCCUUUCAUGGCUGCAAAUAUUUUAAGAUUAACAUAAGCAUGUGAUUUAUAAAUAGAUUUGUAAUUAACUUUUUACAGAAUGUACAGUAUAUCCAAUAUAGCUUUAUUUCCAAAUGCAACCUGGUUUUGUAUCUGAAGAGAGCGAUAUGAUAUAUAAACGCUACAAUAAAGAUAUUGAUCUUUCUUUUUUUAAA